AUGCUUCUCACCAACAUCCUCACCACCGCCACCCUCUUCCUCGGCCUCACCAGCGCCUACACCCAGCCCAAACAACCUCCAAGCUGGGGCGCCCUCACUCGUCCUGACACAACUCACCCAGUGACCAAAGGCGUUCCCUUCCGCGUCACCUGGGACUACAAAGCCCCAGCCAAGACCGUCAGUCUCGUCAUCUGCCGUGGUCCUCCUACCAACUGCAAGCCUGAUCCUCAGCCCAUCAAGGGUGGUAGUCGCGUGCCUGCCUCGCAAGGCUACGUUGACUGGACCCCGGCUUGCCAUCUGCCACCUGGCAAGGCUGGAACUCAGUCGGGCUAUGGAAUGUUGGUCAUUGUUGAUGAGACUGGCGAGUUCCAGUACAGCACGCAAUUCAGCGUGUUGGCGAAUCCGAGUGUUUGCGCGAAGAAGGCUAUGUUCAAGGCUUGA